AUGCUGCAGAGAAAUGCCAGUUUUUUUUAACAAUAACUCUGUUUGAAACAUGUUCCUUUUUCCUGUUAAAACCUGGGAUAGCAGCUGUAUCUGGUUUUGUACAAAAUUAAAUCAACAUGAGCCUGUUUUGUGUGAUGGUGGUGGUUGUAGCUCUGUUUUGUUGUAGCUCUGGGUAUCCAGCUGUACAUGCCUCUCACAUCUUUCCCUUGCUUGUCUCUGGGCAGUCUCAUAUUUUGUCUUGUCAAGGUCAUUUCUGGCAGUUUCCAAGACCACUCCAGCUCAUCGUGGCCUUAUUACCAUUAUUCUUUUAACCAUCUGGUCGGGGUAGCAAAUGCAGGGACAGAAAAAGCUAAAAACCAAAACUACAAGACCAAGACAAGGUGUUGUGCUGGAGCUUCUCUCUGGCACCUUGGGAUCUGUUAAAAUUGUGUAACUGGAGAUUGGCUGAGGCUGCUGAUUUCCCACGUAUUUGGGAGCAGCCAGGAAUUCCCCCAGCAGUGCACUGGGUGCUUCUGGGAUCCUGUGGUGGGAUUGCUGAGUAAUGCUCUCCCUAGGAAUUAGGGAGGAUUGGUGAUGUUCUUCUCUCUUCCCAUGGCUUGUUCCUGUCCCCUCGUGGCUUCCUACCAGCCACCCCUGGGAGCUGGAGGACUGGUGAGGCACAGUGUGUGGAUCAGCUGGUCAUGCAGAAGUGGAGGCUGAUAGUUUUGUCCUUAAAAAGAAAACUGACCACCACCAAGCCUUGACUUGCCCCAGUUCCUGCAAAGAGCACAGGGCAGCUCUGAGACAUCCCAAGUCCUGUCUGGGCUGUGAGAGCCUCCUGGUGUGGGGGUUUUGCUGUGAUCUGAGCCCAGCCUGGGGCUGGGCUGUGCGUGUGUGUCCGUGCUCACUGCCCUGCCUGUGUACGUGGAGAAGGGGAUUUGCUUUUCCUGGAAUGCCAGCGGAGUGUCUGCUGGAGAAACCCGGCGAUUAGAAGUUAAAAGGGCAGAGCUCAAUUACUUCACCAGGAGGAGCUCGAGCCAUAAGCUCAUUAAGGGCUUGGCCUCUGCCCGCCCAAGGAGGGACAUUUCAGUCCCUGGCUGCUCGGACAUCACCGUGCUCUGCUCCCAGAGCUGUGCCUUCCCAGGACAGAGGGAGCCCCUGGACACCCCGGCCAUGCUGGGCACCCUGAUGACAGCGCUGUUCUUUGUGGUGAGGGUGGUCAGACAGGUGAGUCCAGCUGGCAUUUAUUGCUUCCCUUUUAUUUCUCCCCUGUCUAGGGCUGCUCUCCCUGGGGACAGGGAGAGGAGGCAGUGGUCUCCACUUAAUCCUGGUGGGAACGGCCUUCUGUGCCUGCUCAAACCCUGGCUGGGAGGUUUGGGAGCCCCGUGGGCUCUGCAGCCCCACGACCUCCCGAUGAGCUGCUCAUCAGGGUGGUGCCAGGAAGGGUUCUGGUCGCUGGUGAUGCGCGUGGAGGAGCAGCAAUUUCUGUUGCUCUUCCCCUUUUCUCUGCUGUCCCCUUACCUCCUGCAAACCCUUUUGUGUGUGCAGCUGGAGACCAACCUGUUCCGUGAGGAGCCCCUGCCUUACCUGGUGUACCAGCCCCUGCCCUGGCAGAUCCAGUGCGUGUCCCAGAGCCGCCGAACCAGCCGGGACAGCGAGAGAGGCAGGAGCUCUCGGCACAACAGCGUCUACUCACUUUCUGGAGACAAAGGUGAUGUGACCCCUGAUGCCAGCAAGGAGAGCAAGUUCUUCAGCGACCCUUCGGAGAGGGCAGCCAUCACCAUCCAGACCCACUUCAGGAGGUACCAGCAGCAGAAGCAGGAAAAGAAGUAGAUACAUCAGGCACCCGUGCCCUGCACUGUCCCUCCUGUUUGUCUGUUCUGUACCCCAGAGACAUUUGGGGCUGUGGUGACUGUGAACCUGCCCCUGAACCUACCCCUGCACCCCCUUGGUGCAGCUGUAGGUUCUCUGCCCUUGUGUUGGUCGCUGCUCAGAGCGAGCUCUCUGUCCUGCUCAGUCCUUCCCCAGACAGCAUUUGCCUCCUGGGCCAGGGUGCAGCUGGAGAGGGGCUGUUGAGGGCCUUGGAACAGGGGGUGAUGCUGCAGGCCUGUCCUUGGCCAGCCCUUGGGCCACGAUGAGUGAGUCCCAGCAGCUGUGUGGGUGGCAGUGGGGCCCUGCACAGCUGAAGGUGGUUGUGCUGGCUGGUCUCUGCCCAGCUGGGGCUUGUUUCACUCAGCACUGCCCCUCCCCUGCGCCUCUGCCUCCUCCACUCUGCCUCUGGAGUUGGGUGGAACGACUGCCUUUGUCCUCUGCUGUGGGUGGAUGGCUGGCAGAGGUGCCAGCACAGUGUCCAGGAGCCAGCCUGGAGUGGGAAUGUCACCGAGGGGACGUGCUGCAGGCAACCCAGGAGCUGAGCUGUGAGCUGAUCUUACCUUUUCUUGGGGACAACUGGUUGGGGUGCCAGAGCAGGUGUGGGGUGGGACUCUGUCUCCUGAGGCUGAAUCUGCUUUUCUUCCUGAGGCAGCCCUGUGGUAACGCUGGUGUUUGGGUUAGAGCCCACCCAGCCCCUUGGUCUGGUGUUUUGGUGCAGCAAAGCUGAACAGAGACCUGCUCCUGGUCAGGCAGGGACAGGACCCCAGGAGAGUCUUGGGUCUGAGUGUCUCUAUUUCUGAGUGCUGCUGUUUGCAGCUUGAAAGAGGGAAUAUGAAAGCACAGAGCUCUGGGCCAGCAGAGAAACAGGAGAUUUGCUGUGAGCAGGGGGGUGAGGGGGGAC